AUGCAUCUUUCCGUACUCCUCGGCCUCGGCGCCGCUGCUGUUUCCAGCGCUUCCCGAAACAUCAUCUACUAUGACCAAUGGCACACCAAGGACCUUCCCUCCAAGGAUAUCACUAGCGGCGUCACCCACGUCAUGAUGUCCUUUGCCAACUCUUCCCUCUUCACCACCCAGCCUGGUGGAAAGUACGAGCCCUUCCAGCCUCUCGACAAGGUCCGUAGCCUCUUCGACCACGACAUCAAGGUCUGCCUUGCUGUUGGUGGCUGGGGUGACAACGCUGGCUUUGACGAGGGUGUCAAGACCGAUCGCAGCCGCGAGAGGUUCGCCCGAAACGUCGCUUCUACUCUUGACCGACUUGGCUUCGACUGUGUCGAUAUCGACUGGGAGUACCCCGGUGGUAACGGUCAGGACUACAAGCAAGUCCCCAACUCCAAGAAGACCUACGAGAUCAAGGCUUUCCCCAAGCUUCUCAAGGAGAUCAAGAAGUUCAUUGGAGAGAAGGAGCUUUCCAUCGCUGUCCCUGCUCUUGAGCGUGACAUGAUCGCUUAUCUUCCUACUGAGGCUCCUCUCAUCAACAAAUACGUCGACUAUGUCAACGUUAUGACCUACGAUCUCAUGAACCGUCGUGAUCACUACACUACCCACCACGUCUCCAUCGCCGGCGCUACCCGUGCCAUUGACAAGUACAUCUCUCUUGGCUUCCCUCCCUCCAAGCUUGUCCUCGGAAUUCCUUUCUACGCCAAGUACUUCAUGACCAAGAAGGGCUACACUUGCACUGAGCCCAUCGGCUGCCCUACCGAGCUCCUCGAGAACCCUGAGGAUGGAAGCGACACCGGCAAGUCCGGUUCCAUGACCUUUGAGGCUGCCAACUUUGCUGCUGCUCCCACUAACCUGACUGCCUCUACUGAUGCUACCUGCGGUGCUGGUACCUUUUUCAAGUGCCCCGCAGGAUCCUGCUGUGCUGCCUCUGGCUGGUGUGGCUCUACUCCCGCUCACUGCGGCACUGGCUGCCAAUCUGCCUUCGGCAAGUGUGAUGGCGUUGACAUUAACAACUCAUUCCACAAGGCUCUCAAGAACGGCCGCACCGACACCGUCAACGGAGGCCAGUGGUACUGGGAUUCCGAGACCCGCAUCUUCUGGUCCUGGGAUACUGCUGAGCUCAUUGCCCAGAAGAUUGCCUUCAUGGCUCAGACUCGCGGUGUCAAGAGUGUUAUGGCCUGGGCUCUUGCUCUUGACAGCAACGACUGGAGCCACCUCAAGGCUAUGCAACAGGGAUUCAAGGACGUCAACGCUUAA